GUACCUAAGUUGACAUUUUGUGCCGCGAUUACCAAUCAGUCGCGGGGCGCGGUCCCAUAGAGCUGGUCGACUCGACUCUGUCCACGUGUUUCGCGACGAAAUUUGCGCGGUUUACUUCACAAUGUCAAGAAAAGAUAAAAUUAUGGCUUUGGCUAUUUCAAAUACAAAAAAAUCAGAGUCUCUUAUUCGUGUGAAGCCAGCUAAUACUACCAAAAAUAAAAGCUCUUUAAGUAGUUCGGAUGAUAAACAAGCCGCUCGAAAAAGUCCAAUCCUAACAGAUCUUGAUGAACUUUGGUCUCGCCCUCUGGAUUUUAACAAAUACCCAGCCAUAUUUGAAAAUCAAAAUGAAUACUGCAAUUCAUUUGAAAUAGUUCAAGAUCUUGAUCUAUUAUCUUUUACAAACAAUACGUAUGAAAACACUUUGCCAUCUACUCGUCAAUCUUUGAUAUGUUAUGAAAACCUUCCAGACUCUGACGAUGAUAGAUGUGACUCGACUGGUUUAUAUGACUCCGAUGACAGCGUCAAAGAUAAGGACUAUAACCCUAAAUCUCCAGAUUACAACUCAGAUUCGUCGAACAACAUUAAUGAAAAAGUACCAAUUACUGUCACAGUUGAUGCUGGCAAACAUACUGACUCUGUAGAGACUGACUCGGUUUCAUCAUACGAUUGCAAUGAAACAAGACAUGUUAGUAUAAUAGUUAAUGCUGAGAUACAUGACGAGAGAGAGAGAAAAAACACGCGGAAUGGUCACGAAAUGAAUAACAACAAUAGAUAUUUUAAAACUAACCAUAAUGUGAUAGAAACGGAUGAUAUAAUAGAAUUAGAAAAUGUUGAUACUCAAAGUAUACAGAAUCAAAUGGAGGAUACUGAUUUUGUGGAGUCUGCUAUUGAAAAGGGCGAUAUCGAAACAUCAUCUAAUGUACCAGAGUGUGAAAAAGGAUUGACGAAAUUGGGUUUGCCAAGGAAGAGGCGUAAGUUUGAAGAGUCACUUCAUGAACGAAAAAGGCAAAAAAAAGAAGCUGCAGAUGAAAAACUGACAUUAAAACCACCAUGUACUGAGAAAUGUCGUAAAAAAUGUACAACAAAGUUUACAGAAGGUAUGAGAAAACAAAUACACGAUAGAUAUAUAAAUUUAUGUUGGGAAUCGAGAGGACUAUUUAUAAAAGGCCACGUAGAGUCACGAAAUGUAAGAACACGGACAAAACAGAACGAUAAAAAAAAAGAUCGAGCCGUGUCUCAUUUCUACUAUCUUUACACCGAUAAUCGUGAAAAAAUUGAAGUAUGUAGAGCAUUUUUUCUGACGACGCUCGGCUACAAUGCUCAAAAUACCAGGCACAUUUAUACCGCACUCAGCAAAGAAAUUGAUGACCAGAAAGAUAAAAGAGGAGGCUAUGAACGCAUAGACGUAAUCAAUAAGGACAUUAUUAAAGACCAUGUUGCGAGUUUUAAUCCAAUGAUAUCCCAUUACCGUCGUGAACAUGCUCCCAAAAGGCUUUAUCUGCCUAGUGAUCUAAACAUCACGUUGAUGCAUCAGUGUUUCAUGAACAUUAAUCCUCAGAUAACUGUAUCAUUGGAGACGUAUCGUAAAGUUGUCAAGGAUAUGAACAUCUCAUUUGCUCAUCUUGGCAAUGAAGAGUGUGAAGAUUGUGCUUUAUUUAAAUCACAUCAAGGGUGUUCUGAAGUUGAUUGUGAAAUCUGCGCCGAAAUAAGUGACUAUGAAGUACACAAACUACGAUACACGGAAUCCCGACAAGAAUACCAAAAAGAUAAAGACCAAGCUUCUUCCGAUGCACAGUGCAUUUACUUUUCUGUGGAUUUGCAGAAAGUGAUACAGCUUCCCAGAAUGGACCAGUUUAAGGCCGCCAUCUUCUGUCCUCGUAUAAUAGCGUUUAACGAAAGCUUCGUUCCACUUGGCAGUAGUAGUACUAGUGGGCCACAUGUACCAUAUGCUGUACUUUGGAAUGAAACAGUCAGUGGACGACGCCAAGAAGACAUAAUAUCCGCAUAUAGGUCGUUUCUCACACAUCAUCGUGAUGUCGAACACUUUGUCUUGUGGGCUGAUAACUGUUCCGCUCAGAACAAGAAUUGGGCGCUAAUGUGUUUCCUUGUAAACAUAGUAAACAGCGAUCUGGUGGCUGCAAAUUCCAUAAUAAUGAAGUUUUUCGAACCGGGGCAUACAUUCAUGUCUGCAGAUAAUUUCCACCAUCAAGUAGAAAAGGCUUUAAAACAAAAGGGGAAAGUGUAUGACAUGGAUGACUUCGUAGAUGCCGUCAAGAUGUCCAAUUCGAAAAAAAUACUGUUAAAGUUAUGCAGGUAACAGAUUUUUUCAAUUAUGAUGAUUAUUCUUCCCAGCACAAACUUAAAAACAUGACACCAAGAGUAUAUCUACACAAUAUUAUGGCAGUAAAGGCCGAAAGAGGGUCGUUUAACAUCCAAUAUAAAGAAAGCCACUCAGAAAAUGUUUGGAAAGAACUCGAUUUUCUACAGGUAAAAAUUAAAAAAACUAAAUGCCUGCCAAACCCUUCGGUAAAAGUUGCACCACGAGGAAUAGCAAAAGACCGACUACAAAACAUUAUAAAAAAAUUGGUGCCUCUGAUGCCUGAGACAAGGCGUCGUUUUUGGACGAACUUGCCAGAAACUAUAUAAUAGUAGUAACUAAAAUAGACUGAUUUUAUUAAAGACUGAUCUCUUUAAUGUACCUUAAGAUCUCAUUUAGUGCCUUAUUAAUUAUAUAGUUGUUGAUUUGGGAAGUAAAAUAACAUAUGGUUCCUAUAUUUAUGUAAAAUAACAUAUGGUUCCUAUAUUUAUAAGUAUGCUAAUACGUUUAGAAGAAAAGUUUUGUUUUAUAUUUAAGUUAAAUGUGAUUUAAAAGAAAGACUAAGUAUUGCAAUUAUAUUUAACAAAAAAGUCACUGUUGUCACUGCAAUGCCACAGUUUCGGUUUCUUUUAACCCCUUAAUUUGCCAAGAGUGGCCUUGAAGCUUUAGUAGUUUCAUGUGCUCUGCCUACCCCUUUAUGAGAUACAGGCGUGAUUGUAUGUAUGUAUUUAACUAAAAAGUGAUUUAGAAGAUACUUUUGCUGUUAUGUCUGUGAGACAAGUAUUAUUAAUUAAGGUUAAUUUAAUAGGUAAACGUUAAACGUGAUUUUGAAGUUUUGUAUUUGCUAAUUUUGCUAGAAUUUUUAAUGGAUACUGUUAUUGUGAUUGAGAUAUG